CGCGUCAGUCCGCUGCCUGUUGCUGUUCCGCCAGCGCACACUGCCUACUCUCUUCACACAGACUGUUUAUCUACGACAUAUUACUUAUAAUAAUGCACGGCAAUGACACUCUACUGCUUUUCUUGUCUUUAAUUCUCCUUUGCAUUGGACUGAAGGCAAUAUCAGCGCAAUCUGCCAUGUACGAGACAGAUGUGGUCGUUCCGCAGGAGCUGCGGCCAGAAGAGGUGCACCUGCUCCAGGGAACCUACAGGUGGAGCAGAGGUCGCAGACGACGUUCGGACCAUCAGCAGGAGGACCACCUGUUUCUACGGCUGCCUGCUUUCGGAAAGGAACUCUACUUGCAGCUCCAUAGAGACGACUCUUUCCUCGCCGAGGGGUUUUUGAUGGAGGAGAGGAGCGAGGAGGGCAGCGUUCAGCAUGAACCUGUUCUAAAGGUUCGGCGGUGUUUCUAUACCGGAGCCGUUCUCAAUCACACUGACUCUUUCGCCUCAUUGGAUGCUUGUGGUGGACUGACUGGCCUGGUUCAAACUGAAGAGGAAAGACUGUUCAUCACGCCAGUGGGCCAGGCUGCGGAUUCCUUCUCUGGCUGGGAACACCGAGUGAUCCGGGAAAUACAUUCUUCAUCGGAUGGACCUGCUACUGCUGCAGACAGCAGCCCGAAAUUGUGCCAAACCAUCCAAGACAAGAAGAAGGAGAAAAGGGCAAAAGGAGCAGAGGAGGUGCGUGGCAGGAGGAACGCCAUUAGGCUGAGUAGAGAGUUCACCGUGGAGACGGUCGUGGUGGCUGACGCAAAUAUGGUGCAGUACCACGGUGCUGAGGCUUCCCAACGUUUCCUGCUCACCGUUAUGAACAUGGUUUAUAACAUGUUUCAACACCAGAGUUUGGGUGUGUGGCUCAACAUCCGGGUCACCAAGUUAGUUCUUCUGCACACCCGUCCAGAAAAGCUGAAGGUGGGCCAUCAUGGCGAAAAAGCCUUGGAGAGCUUCUGUCACUGGCAGCAUGAGGAAUACGGCGCACGAUACCUGGGUAGCAAUCAUGUUCCUGGGAGCAGAGAUGACCCUCCUCCUGUGGACGUGGCUGUGCUGGUCACCAGAACAGAUUUUUGUGUCCACAAAGAUGAGCCUUGUGACACAGUUGGAAUUGCUUAUCUAGGUGGCACCUGUAGCUCCAAGAGGAAGUGUGUGCUGGCAGAGGACAACGGACUCAACCUGGCCUUCACCAUCGCUCAUGAGCUGGGCCACAACAUGGGCAUGAGCCAUGACGACGAUCACGCCAGCUGCACAGGCCACUCUCACAUCAUGUCUGGGGAAUGGGUCAAAGGUCGUAACCCCAGUGAUCUCUCCUGGUCCACCUGCAGUCGUGACGACCUGGAAAAGUUCCUCAGAUCAAAGGCCAGUGCCUGUUUGCUGCAUACUGACCCACGUAACCGCUACCUCGUCCGUCUGCCAGCUAAACUUCCCGGGAUGCACUACAGCGCUGAUGAACAGUGCCAGAUUUUAUUCGGAACGAACGCAACUUUCUGCACUGAUAUGGAGCACUUGAUGUGUGCGGGUCUCUGGUGUUUGGUGGAGGGAGACACGUCAUGUAAGACCAAACUAGAUCCACCGCUGGACGGCACAGAAUGUGGAGCCGACAAGUGGUGCAGGGCCGGUGAGUGUGUCAGUAAGACACCCAUCCCGCAGCAUGUGGAUGGAGACUGGAGUCCAUGGAGCACAUGGAGCAUGUGCAGCCGAACAUGUGGCACAGGAGCGCGCUUCAGACAGAGGAAAUGUGACAACCCCCCGCCCAGUCCAGGAGGGAGGCACUGUCAGAAGGCCAGCGUGGAGCAUAAAGUGUGCGAGGGGCCGCCGUGUUCCAAGGGUCUGCCCACGUUUAGAGAUCAGCAGUGUCAGUCUCAUGACCGGCAGGCCAGUAAGAAGAAAAGCCAGAUGUGGUCAGCUGUGAUCGAUGAUGAAAAGCCAUGUGCUCUAUACUGUACACCCAUUGGCAGUGAUGCACCAGUACUAGUGGCAGAGCGUGUGCAGGACGGGACGCCAUGUGGACCGUAUGAGAGCGACCUGUGUGUGAGCGGAAAAUGUCAGAAAAUCGGCUGUGAUGGCAUCAUCGGUUCAUCUGCGAAAGAAGAUCGGUGUGGCAUCUGCAAUGGUGAUGGCAAAUCCUGCAGGAUCAUCAAAGGAGACUUCAACCACUCCAAAGGGAUGGUCCCUCAUAGCCUUUGUAAGAAGGUUUCUACGUGUGUGAUGUCGAAACCCAGAGCUGUUCUCAAGUGUUUCUCAUGUUACAUUGAGGCAGCUGUCAUUCCGGUGGGAGCUCGACGAAUCAAAGUUGUGGAAGACAAGCCGUCCCAUAGCUUUCUGGCUCUGAAGGACUCCGGCAAGCGAUCCAUAAACAAUGACUGGAAAAUCGAGCUGCCAGGGGAGUUUGAGCUUGCUGGCACCACAGUCCGCUAUGUGAGGAGAGGACUGUGGGAAAAGAUGUCUGCCAAGGGACCCACUAAGACUCCACUCCAUCUCAUGGUUCUGCUGUUCCACGAUCAAACGUACGGGAUCCACUAUGAGUACACGGUUGCCCUGAACCAUUCGCAGGAGAACAGCAGCGAUUCGGUAAAAGAGCCAGAGCACAUGCACCUGUGGACUCACAGCAGCUGGGAGGACUGCAGCGUGCACUGCGGAGGAGGAGAGAGAAGGACUGUGGUGUCGUGCAUGAAAAUCGUUAACAAGACCAUGACUCAAGUAAACGACAGCUACUGUCAGGUGCAGAACAGACCUUCACCUCAAAUCCGCUCGUGUAACAUCCACCCCUGCCAAUACAGGUGGGUCACUGGCGCUUGGACGCAGUGUUCAGUAACCUGCGGUAAAGGCUUGCAGCAGAGGGAAGUUGGCUGCGUGUAUCAGCUGCAAAAUGGCACAUACAUUCCCACCAGAGACCUGUACUGUCUCAGCUCCAAACCAGCUGGCGUACAGCACUGCGAGGGACGCCACUGCCUCACCGUGUGGGAGGCCUCCGAAUGGUCCAAGUGUUCCUCGGAAUGUGGUCGCGGCAGCAGAAAGCGGACAGUGACCUGCACCAAUCCUCAGGGUCUCUGUGAUCCCGUGUCUCGUCCCACAGAGGAGGAGAUGUGUGAGGAUCAAUCCAAAUGUUACGAGUGGAAAACCGGUGAAUGGUCUAAGUGCUCAUCAUCCUGUGGGCGGGGCUUGCAAUCCAGAGUGGUCCAAUGCAUGCACAAAGUGACCGGUCGGCAUGGCAGCAACUGCCCAGUAGUCCUGAAGCCCCCCACGUACAGGCAGUGUCAUCAGGGGGCAUGUAACGUAAAAGUCAAUGUAAACACCAUCACCUCCCCUAGACUGGCUGCAUUGACGUACAAGUGCACGGGGGAUCAGUGGGCGGUUUACUGCAGGGUGAUCCGUGAUAAGAACCUGUGCCAGGACAUGCGCUGGUACCAACGCUGCUGCCAGACCUGCAGAGACUUUUACACCAACAAAAUGCCCCCCAAGACUUGAGAACAACACACAGAGGUUUAUUUUUGCCUUUCCUGUUUGUACUGUCAAGAAUAAUAUGUUUUAUAUUUGAAAAUGUUAUUAUGUGAAAUUAAAAGCAGCCUGAAAGCAGUGGAACAGAUAUUUUCAAGCAGAACACACUAUGCAAACUUUUGAAGGCACUGAG